AGGGGGGAUGCGGAGGCAUAGGGGAAAUAAAAGAUCUACGUUUUUUUUUUUAUCUCGCUGGUUUUCUGUCCAAGACAGAGCAGCCGCAGCGAACCUCCCUGCUCCAUGGCCAUUUGAAUCUCCUUCCCUUUCACCAACGUCCACGGCUCCUUCGACCAAUAUCCAGUCUCCCUCUGCACUCCACGACUCCAGGCCAGCCACUAGUUGCUCUACUCUACGGUUGGUCCACGCUCAACUCCAGCGAGCCCCUGCCACCGAUCACCCUGCUGCUAUGGCAGCCACCACCAAGGCACAGUCAUCCUCACGGCACCAGCUUCCUUACGCCCGGCCUCCAUCUCCAUUUGCUGCAACCAUCAACGCCGCCUCCAGCCACUGCCGGAGUCCUCUACUCCAGCCAUCUGCUGCCAGCCACAGCAACUCUCAGGCCGGACCCGAGCUCUUGCUGCGCCAGAACACACUUCCCUCUGAUUCUUUUUAGGGGCUCAUGGCAAUGCUCAAAGGUUGAAUCUUGUUGUCAUGAUUGUAUUGUGUAUAUAUUUAUAUUUAUUAUGGUUUAUUAUUUUA